AUGGACAUGGCCAAGAGCCUUCAUUUCACUCCAGUCAAAGGAAAACCUUUGAGUCCUUUCAUCUCAAAGUUGAAGCUUCUUCUAAGUGACGACAAGUAUCGUAAAGCCAUACGCUGGUCAGAAAGUGGUGGGGCAAUUCUUAUCACCGACGGCGAAGUAUUCAAACGGCAAGUUCUAGACGAGAGUGCUGAAAUGUUUAAAACCAGAAACUUUACGAGCUUUGUGAGGCAGCUUAACCUGUAUGGCUUCCGUAAAGUUCCAGUUAACGGAAAAGGCGACCCGUCCAAAAACAUGGAAUUUGAGCACAUUCACUUCAAACGCGACAAACCAGAACUAAUGCUUCUGGUUCACCGUACGUGCUCUUCCAGAAAAAAGAAACGAGUGGCUCAAGGAACGCUGACAUCCUUCAAAAGAGAAAGCUCUACGCAGCUGGAGGACCCACCAGUUAGAAAGUUCAAGUCGACUGAAUACCAGAAAGAGGAAAGAAUUUCCGGGAAAUUGAGGCGAAACGACAGCAGUUUCUUCUGCGAAAGCACUGAUUCCUCACCCCAGAAAAGCGAAUCGGAAGGAGAAAAAGAAUGCAGUGCUGGGGAAUUCAGCCAUUCCAGUCAUUCUCCAUUUGAAGUUGCACCAGGUUGCGCCGGAAACUCUCUCUUGGAAUACUACUAUCAAAAACAUCAAGAAGAGCAGAUUGCUGUCCAGCUCUUGUUAAAUUUGCGCUACUCAUCGUCCUCGCCUCAAAACUACGAAAAUUUCCAGCCAACGCAAGCAACCUACGAGCCAUCUUACACUGGUUAUCCAAUGUACAUGUUCCCAACUUCAGUGCCUUUUUAUGGCCAAUAUAACUCUAUGUAUUGAUAAAAUUGCAAGCCACUUUUAAGAGCAAGUAUUUACUUUUGGAAUGAAUUUAUUUCUUCAGAGAGUUUCCUUUCAUUUUGGCGGAAUUGUUUUGUGGUAUUUUAAUCAUUAGUUCAUUCGACACAUUUUUAAGCAUAGAAAACUGGCGGGCAAAGCUAAACUAUGUUUUGGUGAGCUGAAUUCAGUCUAUAAAUUGCUCAGUUUUUUUCAACGCUUCAACUAAAUAUUGCAUUGUGCCCUUACCAAAAUCGCGCGUAAAAUGCAGAAAAUUUAUUAACGGUGAUGAUGUCCUAGUAUAGUUAAAGAGAAUCUAGUAGUAUGAGUGAAUCGAAGUGAUUGAAUUUAAUUCUCGAAUAUUUCUCAAUGAAGUUCAAACUACUAUAAAUAUCUAGGCUCACAUGAAAAACAAUAUUGUAUUUCUUUCAAUUGAUAGAGGAAGGAAAGUUUGCUUUAAUAAUAUCUGCAAAGUUCAGGUUACAGUGUGGAGUGAAAGCUACUAAUGAUUCCAGAUUUUUACCGCGUAAAAGAAAUUCACUGAAAACCGUGCGCUUUCGGAGAUGAAAAAUGGAUCAGUUUAAUUAUUGCUGCUGUACGGUAUUUAUUGACAAAAAUAUUUGGUAGAGAUGUAAAGAGAAAUGAAUAGAUUGAGACUGUAUUAAACAACAUCAUGCACAUUUGAUAUAGGCUGUGUGUCAUUACUGAUUUUAUAAAUCUCCUAAAAGUAAAUUUAAUGAUUUCCCGCAGUUAUUUCCCCUUUCCUUUUCUUACAUCAGCUAAAAAAGCUGAUGCUUUGAAUAUUGAUAUAUAUUCAAGCUUACAUUCAGGGUGUUCAGGUGCUGGUAUAUAUUUCAACAUAGUGUUGAUAAGGCCAAAAUCGUGCAAGAAGAACACAAUAUAAUGAAAGUAGAAUAGCCAGCCUUACUGGCCAGCCUUAAAGAUAAUGCCAGUGGUUCGGUCAACUUCAGUCAAGGUUACGAAUUCCCUUUACCAGGUGUUUACUAGGCAUCUGUUAGCCUAGUCCUUAGGCAUUCUCGGCUCGGUCACAAGUUAUGAAUAACUUCAAGUACCUUGGCAUAAGAAAAAAACUCGAUUUCAAUUAGGGAAAGUUCAUUUAAUAUGACAAGGGGGGGAUGAAGAUAUUGAAACUCGAAGCUUGAAAUUUUAGCAGCCCCCCUCGCUAGCGGUUAAAUUUUUUAGGAGCCCCCUCCUUGGUAGUCGAAAAAAUUUCAGAGUCCCCCCCCCCCCCCCUCUCCUUCCCUUCUCCCCCUCCCCAACAAUCCACUGGCUGGUUUUACUUAUUUCUCCCGUUUCCUCUUUUUCUCGCUUUUAUUUUUCCCAACUCAACAACAACUUCAUUAGAUAUUUUAUCAAAAUCUUUUGAAUAUUCUAGUAGUUUAUAUAUAAAUUUUCGGAGCCCCCCCUCCUAGCGCAACAAUUUUUUCAGAGCCCCCCCUUCGGGUGUCUAAAAAUUUUCGGAGCCCCCCCUCAAUAUCUUCAUCCCCCCCCUUGUCAUAUUAAAUGAACUUUCCCUUAAAGCACGAAUUCUCACCAUUAAACUUUUAUAAAGAAAUCAAAUACAGGCAUUUCAAAAAACAACAAACAAGAUAGUCUAAACAUCAAACCUAAUACUCGCAAGCACCUGAGUUUGACCAAAGCUCAAAAGUGCAAUUACUUUGUUUACUAAAAAUCUCUGAUUCAUGUGGUUACGCUCCUCAUAUAACUUCACAGAUUUAAUCAGUGUAAAAAUAUCCACUACGAUCCACACUUAAAAACUGAUCAACUGUGACUGAACUGAGCUGUUUCAGUGCGAUCAGGCUUAAGAAAUAGUGAUCUCCAUCAACAUUCUCCAUGAACAUUACACUUUCACGCAAUUAGCAGUUAUUGAGAAUUUAUAAAAUGAUCGAGUGAUAGGUGUCGACCUUAACACGUUUUUGUGCUAAAAUAAUAAUAGGUAUGCAUUUGAAGAUGAUACAAAGGAACCCAAAAGAGACUUAUCCCUCUUCAGCUGAUGUUUAGAAAAUUGAGAAGGACUGAAUUCGAAGAGCAUCACCGUACAGCUGAAUCCAGUCAGCGACCCUCAAUAGAAAUCAUUUAAGCUUACAUAAUCAACAACUACGUAAAUGCCCAAGUUUCUGACUCGACGGUCAUCCGCCACCGUCAGGACUAAAAUCAUACGAUAUUGCUUCUCGAACGAAUCCCUCAUUUUAAUUUUCCCCAAUUCCGGGCAGUAAUCCAGGACCAAGUACCUUUUCCAGAUCUUCUCCGCACGACGAAACGCUUUCUCUGACUUCUCUGGUGGCCACUUCCCGCUAUAUUUUCUAGUAGUUGGAGGGAAUUUAGUCUUUCCUUGAUCGCUUGAAACCCGCUUUCGUCUGCACUGUUCCAUCGGCGUAUUAAAGGCUCGGGUUAAAGUUGUGGAAAAGAUAAGUCGUUUUUCAACAGAAUAGAAAUUAUUUCUAUUUACUUUUGUCAGUUCUUUGAAAACUGAAGAAGUAUGCGCAUUUGGAACGAGAUAGAAUUAUAUAAGAGUGGUGAAAAAAAGUAGAGUAUUUGUAGCUAAUAAUUUGUACUUUUUGAAAUACGGAUUAGCUGGUGUACUCUCACGUUUGAGAUUUAUGCAACUGGCUCCCAAAAGUCAAACUCAGGUGACUGCUAAUCUAUUCGAAAUUAUAAGUAGGAAAAACCCCCAGUUUAAAGCCAAAUUAAACUAGAAUAAGUCAAUGAAAUGGCAAGUCGUUCAGUAAAUAUGUACUUGGGACUUUUCGGCCCAACGCGAUGAUUGUUUCCACGAAGGAAGUUUAUUCCUAUAAAAAACCUGGGUCUUUCGGGUCCAUUCCCAGUUCAGUGACCAUGAAUGACGUGUCUUUUUCUAAACUGAACAUGGGAAUGUGACGUCUGGUCUAAACUGAUUCUAAAUCUCGCCAUUCAUCGUCAGUUUAUUCAUUUCCAAACUAUGUAAUGAAAACAGUUUUUUGGAAAAAUCAUAAGCGGUGGCUUUUUUUAAAAUCAUGCACAGAUGGCUUUUAAUAGGCACUAAAAAUAAAUACCCCCGACUCUAAAAAUAUUCAAAACCGCCCACCCUUUUCUUGCGGUCUCCAUUAUGUAAGGGCCUUCACUGGGUGACCAAUGCUAAACAACGCCGGGAAUAGCUUUGAAAAUUUAACCUGAUGUUCUGAACUGGACUGUAUCUUUACAGCAGUUGAUUUACUUUUGACUAAUAUCAAACAAAAACUAUAAUCCUCUGAUACGAUCAGUGAUUUGGCAAAGACUGCCUUCUUAUCUUUAAUCUAUUUUACAAGUGCGCUAGGAUCAAAGAUAGUUCUUUCUAGAAAAUGUCAACAGAAAGAAUGAUCUAGCGGGUGAACGGUUCAUUAGCUCAUGAUUGGAAAAGUGUCAAAAUGUCGAGAUUUUACGGUUCUAUGACUCGUACAGAAAAUUAACCAUUGAUUAAAGCUAACAAGCAGCAUAACUUUCAUUUGACUGCUGGUUGCGUCACAGAGAACAGUACCUCGCAGUUUCCGUGGUAAGUACGCUGCUUCCUUUUCAGUUACAUAAUCAACUACUUCUAUUUUCUAAAGUGUAUCUCAGUAUUCGUGGCUGAAGCAGCAGUCGGUUAAUUGGUGAUUAGGCUAGUACUCUGAGCUCGUCUUCCACAUAGCCACAGGGUAAGUUCCAGUUUUCGUUCCCAGAAGCUCAUAUGUAAGUUGUGUUUGCGUUUGCGUUUGCAGAUGAUUCUCGUCCCUGCAAGCGAUUGUCUGCAGCAAAAGUUUGGGGCUAACUGCUUGAACGGCAGAAAUCUGAAUGUGAGAACAGUUGAGGUUCAGCUUGAUUCUGUAGCUGAUACUAAACUACCUGGCAUAAAGAUAUAGACAACUGUUUUUAAAUAACGGUAUCGAAUAUAUGAAAGCGACUUCGCCUUUUGAAAAGAACAGAUAAAUUUCUGUGACUGAGAGCUGAGAAGUUUGUUUUACAACUCACUUAAUCCAGCUAAUGCUUGACUACGGAGGUUAUUGUCUUGGGGACAUAAAGGAAACCGAAGCCGCACGUCCAAGACGUAAUCAAUUAACAUAAAAGAUGCGCCAGAGUAAUCCUAGACAAAAAAUGAGACUCCCCCUCGGGGCCUUUAUUUAGAGACCUUAACGUCAUGCCAUGAUUUGAUAAAAGACAAGAACGCGCUUACAGCGGAUUCAGUCUCGCUUGCUUGGAGAUUAGAUCGAGAAAGCUUAUGAUAACUGUAUAGGAAUAUUUUUAUUCAUAAAAGUGGCCCUGUUCUUUUGGCCGGUUUUACCGGAGAAAAUGGUACCGUCCAGCGGGACAUCCUGAGUUUUAGCAACAUUUGUUACAAGGCAUAUCAUAUCUGGGUUAACGGUGAUUCUUUAGGUUUCCAAAAGGCCAGGGUAACUAAACAGGAGUGUUUUUUUUUUCGUAAAAAAUGCCUUGUCCUUUUGGCCUGUAUUACCUAAGGAAAUACUACCGCCUAGCAGGACAUCCUAAACUAUGUCAGCAGUUGCUUGCAUGUAAUACUACAUGACAUGCAGCGUGUUAUUAUUACAUCGAAGUACAUACGUAUACCUUGCCCUCUGAAGGCUUUUUCCUACCAGCUGUGGACAGCUGAACAAAGAGUUGAGUUUAAUUGCUGUGGUACAUCUGUAAUGUAGAAGUUGAACAGAACUUGUCACUGAUGAGUUUCUGCAAUUUCGUCCAUGAACGAAUCGAAGAACAAAGCAUACCGUAAAAUUUCGAAAAUAAGCCCCGGGGCUUAUGUUUUUCAAAGGCCCCUUUUGAGGAGCUUAUUUUUGUAGGGGCUUAUCUACGGAAGGAAAUUUACGUUUCAAAAUCGAUUGGGCUAGCCUUAUAGCUGGGAAUAAAUCUACCAUUUUUGCUUUGUUUUACUAUAUAUUUGAGGGCAAUUUUCCAAGUUCAAGUCCCCAGGGGGCUUAUAUUUGGAGGGGCGAUUUAACGGAGGGUUUUUUGCGUUACGUGUUUGGGGGGCUUAUAUUUGGAGGGGCUUAUACAUGGGGAGGAGUGUUGGGUGACGACUCUAAAAUUAAAAGCGGCUGUGUAGCAGGCUACGGCUGGCGGUCAUGAUGGAAUUGUUUCUACGAAAACUGAGAGUUUUAGCGGCAAGGGAGACCCGAUGGAUUUCAAACCGUCUCCUCCCCAUUCUCCGCACAGCUCCGCAACACAUCUGCCCAAACUUUGUUUGCUCUGUAAAACGAUCCCGCCGGCUACGCAGGCUAACAGUUAAAAAAUCCAAACUUUUCUGUCUUAUGCUAAAAAACUCUUCCUCCAGGACCAGUCGCUCUUGGUACCUCAGGAGAGGUUUAAACACACUUAGUUACUGUUUGCAGGUGCGUCUUCAUGAGGUCUUUGCAUGUUACGCACGGCUAGGACCAUGACUUAAUUAGUGUCAGCUCAUGGGAGGUACGCACUGCAGUAAAGUUGAGCCUUUGAAAAAAGAACAUUGCAAGCAAGCGUCAUCAUCAUGAUGAUUCAGUGUAAUUUGAUCACAAAUCAUUAACACUAAUAAUGAAAAUUAAUUAAUAAUUGUUACAUAAUAUACAUUUUAUCAGCCGGUGAAUUUAAAGGAAACUUCUGAGAAUUUAGCAGUUCAUGUAUUCAUUCUAUGUACCGAACUUGAUCGAAAUUGGCAAAAUUAUGUCUUUUAAUUACGUUGUCGAACCAAAAGCGGGAAAAUUAAAAUGCUGGAUUUUAAAAUAAUCAACUGUGAGAAACCUGUCUUUUAACUUGUUACAUAACAAAUCCCAUAUUUGACGUAAGAAGUUACAUUUUAUUCCUACCGCUGACCAAUACAAACAAUGACGAAGCAGACGAAGACAGACAGCAAGACAGCAGCGACUGCAGCGACCGGCUAGUUUGCAAUCACGUGCGAAACCGCGUUAUGUUUUGAUUAUGUUUGGGGAUGCAACUGCUUGGAAAAACAGUGUUAUCCGUUGUGUAACUGAGUGAAAUAUCUUCCACAGUCAUCAUGGACCAGGAUGAAAUCGAAGCUCUUGUGAAAGAUGUUUUAGCGCGCGGUCAGAGGGACUUCAAAUUUACAAAUUGGUCGGAAACAUAUUCGUGUCAGCCAGCUUUGUACUUUGAGCCUGAAACCACUGAAGAGAUAAGAGAGGUAUGAAGUUAUCUACUCGCUUGUUAACUUUCCAAGUACUGUCUGCUAAGAGCCAAUAUUGAUCGUUGACUAAAACCGUGGAUUUAGCUUGCGUUCCAUCGAUUUAAAUCAAAUGAAGAUUAUCGAGUUCGAUGUAUGAUGUAAAAGAUUCCAACACUGUAUUUUUGCCUUUUUAAAUUUCAUUUAGAUUCUCAAGGUAGCCCAGAAGUUACGUAAGAGAAUUCGAGUAGUUGGAGGAGGCCUUUCACCUUCCGAUAUAGCGUGUACAGAGGAAUAUAUGAUCUGUUUGAAGAAGUACAAAGAUAUUUUGGAGGUGAAUAAUAAUAAUAUUGAAUUUACAAGUGCGUGGAAAAAAGCCCUCAGUGACCAGCUGAUAAAGUGCUAAUUUUCCCUUCCAAGCUACCUUGAAUGUUCUUGUGACUCAAAAGAAGAAUUUAAUGUUACACCACUAGUCACUUAGGUCUUUAUUCCCUAGUUUCUCUUUGAUGAUAACGUAAUGUUUUGGUGCGUAUCUUUGUUUUAAACUUAUUUUCCUUUAUUUCAAACUCGUAAACAAAGGAAAAGAAAACCUAAACCAAUAACACCUGAUUUUUAUGAUCAGUGCUUUACACAUGUGUCAAUGAAAAUUGGGCUAUUUCCUUAAGCAUGUUAAUUUAACACUCUUACUUCAAUUUUUGUUCCCUGUUUCUCUGUCAUAAUAAGAACUAUGUCAAUUAACCCUUGUCAAUUACUUUUAUGGAUGUACCUUGUAUGUUAAUAAUGUGAUCAAUUUUUGUGGUAUAUGUACAACAAUCUCAUUACAGUAAAACCCCAUGUAUAUUUAAAGAACCUACAGUGUAGAUUUUUCCAAGUCAGCCUGAACAGGUUCUUAUAUAAAUGGUGCUUAACUUGAAAUUAGGCUAUCUGGGUUCUCAAAUGGGUUCUUAAUUUAUGGUAAGAAAAAAAGUACUUGUAUUGGUGGGCGUGGCCUUUGAUAUUAAAUUAUUCUCACAUUUUCAUGUUAGUUACAUGGAAUAUAGUAGAGGGCAAAUUUUAAAGGCACAUAAAUCAUACAAAAUAGUGCUAAGUUAUGCACAUGUUAUUGUUUUCUAUUGUACUUUGGAAAUUAAGAACCUACUUUGGAAUUUCAGCCUGAAAUGGUUCUUAACUGAAGGGUGCUUGAAAAAAAGCCUUCAGUGACCAGCUGAUAAAGUGCUAAAUUUCCCUUCCAAGCUACCUUGAAUGUUCUUGUGACUCAAAAGAAGAAUUUAAUGUUACACCACUAGUCACUUAGGUCUUUAUUCCCUAGUUUCUCUUUGAUGAUAACGUAAUGUUUUGGUGCAUAUCUUUGUUUUAAACUUAUUUUCCUUUAUUUCAAACUCGUAAACAAAGGAAAAGAAAACCUAAACCAAUAACACCUGAUUUUUAUGCUCAGUGCUUUACACAUGUGUCAAUGAAAAUUGGGCUAUUUCCUUAAGCAUGUUAAUUUAACACUCUUACUUCAAUUUUUGUUCCCUGUUUCUCUGUCAUAAUAAGAACUAUGUCAAUUAACCCUUGUCAAUUACUUUUAUGGAUGUACCUUGUAUGUUAAUAAUGUGAUCAAUUUUUGUGGUAUAUAUGAACAACAAUCUCAUUACAGUAAAACCCCAUGUAUAUUUAAAGAACCUACAGUGUAGAUUUUUCCAAGUCAGCCUGAACAGGUUCUUAUAUAAAUGGUGCUUAACUUGAAAUUAGGCUAUCUGGGUUCUCAAAUGGGUUCUUAAUUUAUGGUAAGAAAAAAAGUACUUGUAUUGGUGGGCGUGGCCUUUGAUAUUAAAUUAUUCUCACAUUUUCAUGUUAGUUACAUGGAAUAUAGUAGAGGGCAAAUUUUAAAGGCACAUAAAUCAUACAAAAUAGUGCUAAGUUAUGCACAUGUUAUUGUUUUCUAUUGUACUUUGGAAAUUAAGAACCUACUUUGGAAUUUCAGCCUGAAAUGGUUCUUAACUGAAGGGUGCUUGAAAUUAAGCUUUCAGCCUGACAGGUUCUUAAAUUUAGGUUCUUAUAUGUGGGGUUUUACUGUGUUUCAUAUUGGGGGUGGUAAAGGGGGUUCUAGCUCACGUUUCACAGGAAAUAAAAUCGUCUUUUCACAAUUCAUGGGAAUUUAAAAAAUGGCAAUUCACACUUGACAGAAAAACGGAGAAUUAGGCAUUUAUUUCUUGUUUCACGGAAAAUGAUUUGACAAAAUCAUGCUUCACUGCUGCUAUGAAAAUCAUGAUUCACAAGGAAAUAAUUAUCCAUUUCAUAUUUCAUAGGGAAAAAAGGACCUAUCAUGAGUCAUCUGGAGCUUCCAACAAAACCCACAAAAGCCCUGGACCAAAAAUUAACCCUCAAAUUAUUUAGAAGUUUCUUGGUUUUGCGGAUGGGUGCAAUUAUCCAAAAUGUAGCAAUACUAAAGGUUGAAAAGACCCCGAUUAAGACCCUAAACCACCACCAUCAUCAUCAUCAUCAUCAUCAUCAUCAUCUUUUGGCCCUUUUGUUUGGGACCCAACACAAAAGCAAACCAACUAUGGUUUCCAAAACACCAAGAAACACCCCAAAAUUCCAUGCUGAAUUUCCAAGCCUGAGAAUAAUUCACUAAAGCCAAAGGGAAUUCAUGAUGAUGAUAGUUAUGAUAAUGCUGGGCACACAUUGAGCAUGAUGGGUUAAAAAUCAGCUUAUUAAAAUGAAAUCAUGUUGGAUUCACCCUAGGUAAUUACAUAACUGCUUUUAUGAGAUACUUCCAGUGAGAUAGAAAUUAAGUAAUGCAUUAUGUUUUUAAACAACCAUGAAACAAGUUUGGUUCUUCUUAGUGGAACUAUGUGGCGGGGUCCAUACGCCACCACUUCAAGGAGUCUUCACUUUAUUUUGAAAAUCUCUGCUUAACUAAUUCAAGUCACACUAAAAAUAGUUGCCAAAUUUCCAACCCUCCCCCCCCCCCCCCCCCCCCCCAAACACCCCCCCCACAACACCACCCCCCCCCCCCACCCCCCCCCACCCCCUUCCUCACCUCUUCCCCUCCAUAACACCAACAUCUUUUCAUCAUGAACAUUCAUUAGGUCCACCACCGGACCAAGAUACACUACAUGAGAAAAAUCUUUGCUUAACUAAUUCAAGUCACACUAAAAAAGGGUGCCAAAUUUCCAACCCGCCCCCCCCACACCCCUGCCAAAAAAAAGUUCAACCUUUAAUCAUCCCAAAAUACUGAUAAUCCUCUUUUACAUUCUAGAUUAAUCAUGAUGAGAAACAGGUGACUGUCCAAGCUGGCUUGACAGUAGAGGAACUCAACAAGUUGUUAGAAAAUCAUGGGCUGGCUAUGUCCAAGUGAGUAUUCAGUAGAAAGGUGAUAAGAUUUAGGAAGACGAGAUCCAUUGAAAAGAGUAGAGAGGCAAGAAAGAUAGGCAGUGCCUGUGGUUAAAUGAGUUGGAGCGGGGGUGGGGUGGGUGUUGUUUUGAACUGCAGAGGAAAAUAUUUGAGGGCUGUGUUCCUGGGCUGAGUUGUUCAAAGCUAGGUUAAGAUAACCCAGGGUUAGUGCAAGAUUUGAAUUUAGAUUUGAAAUCUUAAUUAAUUCUUUUUGUCUACAAGUUGAUGAUUGGACGCUCUAAAAAUAACCGAGAAAAUUAUCCAAGAGAAUGCUUUUGAACACAAGAAAAAGAAGCCCGGGUUAAAUUUAACCCUGGUUUAAGCGCUAAUCGGCCUUCGAACAACUAGGCCCAGGGCUAUAGGACUUUUUUAUGGCUUGUGUUUUAGUGCUAUGGGACUGUUCUGGAGGUUUUGCCUGAUUUGCAGACUGUUCAACCUUUUGAGUACGUAAAUCGGGAUAUUUUCACAGAGGAAUCACAUGAGCAUGCACCAAAGGUGUUGUGGUCAACCUUCACUCAUCACAUUAUUCACAUCAUGGGUAUGGUGGGUACAGUAAGCUCACAAAUGGACUGAGAGCGGCUGCCAGUGGCGCCUUUGUAUGUGGACCUCCAAGCUUACUGUUCACAUGUUAAAAUGUAUUGUAAGAGGGUAUGUCUGUUGUCCUCUCAUCAACGGCUCUUCAUUCAUUCAUUCAUUCAAAGGGGCGAACCUCUAGGGGGGGUUAGGCAGAUUCUCCCCCAGAAAAUUUUGAAAUCUUGAUGCUCUGAAAUGCCAUUUCUAGAUUUUUGAGAGGACAAUUUUUGUCUGAAAUGUUUGCUGAAUCAAUUGUCAUUUUUUUGCUUAUUUUUAUUUGUGUGGCUUUGUGUACAAUUACUUGAUUUUAUUUUAUACUUCGGGUGUUUUUUUUUUUUAAAGUUUUCAAGAUAUCAGCAUAGGUGUUUUGUUUUUGUUAGGUGUUCUUUAUAGGUAUCAUACGAAUUCUUUAAGAAUUUUAGAACAGAUUUUUCCUAUCCCUAUUGCAUGUUGGUCGUGAUUUGGGAUUUUCCAGCAAAAGCGGAAGAAUUCCAACAAAAUCAGUCUGGUUGGACAGUCUGUAUUUGCCCUUCCCCAUAAAUGUGCCAUCUAAUAAUGCUUAUGAAAAAACCACUGCAUAGGCACUUACUCCUUAGCCUCCUACGAAGGCAUUUCCUUUGCCUUAAUUUGUUUUUUUGUUUUGUUUUGUUUUGUUUUUUAAUUAACAUCAACAUUUUCUCUAAGGUUUUGUAACCUCACCUGUGUAAUAAAAGUUUAUAAUCAAUUUUUAGUGUUUUAGCUGUUUGUGAUGACCAUUUUCUGCUAGUUUUCUCCAUUAAAGUGAUCAUGGAAUCAUGUUUUGUCUAACAAUGCCAUUGUCCAUGUCAAGGGCGCAGGGAUCCAAUGUAUUUCCAAGUGUCGAUAGAAAAAAAUCUUUACAAACAGGGGACAGACAAUUCUCUCUGUAGGCUUAAGCUGCAGUUUGUGCUAAUGUCUUGUGUACUUUACAUGUGUUUUAUAGUCUUAGUUCUGUUUCUGGCAUGUCAUGUGCUGGUACUAUAUGCACAGGAACACAUGGAACAGGCAAGAAGUAUGGGAUUGUUGCCACUUUUGUAAGUGUUUUUUUCCCUAUAAUUUUAUCUAACCCAUUUGCUCCUGAGAAUUUUGCCGAAAAAAAUGUUUUAAAGUUCAUCAAGCCAUUUUCCUGUCACUGCCUGGCUAUAAAGAGCCAAGACUUGCCACAAAAAUGUUUACAGGUCAUACCCUUUGUGGCUUUGAUUGACUUGUGCUCAUUCUGGUACGAUUUGAAAGAUCUCUUCGCCCUGCACAUUAGUUGGAUGACAAUGUUGUCCUUGAUCAACAAAACUGCAUGAUGAUGUCACAGUUGGUAGAAGGGACUUGGAUCUGCACAGGGGGUUACGAGCAGUUCAGGGGUGAAUGGUUCAAUUGAAAAGUAUUUAACAAAUAUGUGUAUAACCAGAAAUAUUUAAUUGCAAAAUCUUGGAGAGCUGUGAAGGGCCAGCAGUUGGAGUAAAGGGAAAACAUUUUGCCAAUAGGGAAUAAAAUAUGGUUAAGCAAAAAGUAGUUAAGCAAGCAAACACUUGGACCACUUGCAUGCUUGGUUGACUCCUAGACCACUGUGUCAAUUUGCCAAUAACUUAAUUAUCUCUGAAACAAAAUUAUUGUAUUAUUUAAAGCAUUUUCCCUUCAAAAUUCAUUUCCAAAUGCAUUUCUUGACUGCUAAAAUAAAAAAGGUCCAAAAAACAACUGGGCCAGAAUUGUUGUGGGUUUGUUUACUUGAAGUUUGUGCCUGGGUAACUGCAGCUUCCAAUCUGAUAUAUGAGCCAACUCGUGUUUAAAUUUCUUAGCUUGCCAAAGAGCCACAUGCAUUUCAUGCACAAUGCAAAUUCCAACAAAAUUAUAAACCUUGCAUUUGUUUGGGCUUUGGCUCUCGCUUUGUGAAGAAUUGUAAUAAUUAUAUUACAUAAUGAAUACACAUUUCAACUAAAAAGGUACAUAUACAUACUGUUGCAUUGUAGAAAAAUUGUGAACUAAUGAGAUUUGACCUGCAAUCUAUCAAAAUUGAAAGUAAUUUACAUAACUAAAUUACAUUGUAAUACAAUACUUUUGCAUUAACAAGAAAGCUAAUAGUGCCCCUCCAAUAUUUAACAAUUAGUCGCCGAAGGCGAUGUGGAUAUUGGCGAAUAGUCACCAAGACAAAGUCGAGGUGACUAUUCGCCAAUAUUCACAUCGCCUGAAGCGACUGAUUGUUUUAGUAUUAUUAUAUUGGUGAUUAUUUGAGGAAAUAAAAUUUUUGAUCAAUUUCUGACUACGAAACAUCAAGAAAUCUGGCUGUCAUUUUGAAAACUGCUAGCCUUCAAUGUUAUAAUCACCGUACAGUGAUUAUAGCAGGAUAAAGCAAAGCUCCUAGCCAAUCAUAGCGCUCUGUUUUUGAUAAUCAUCAAUGUAAUUAUACUAAUAGCAGGUAGAGGUCAACUCUAGUGAGCCUGACUUUCAUGACUCUUAAUUUUAGAUGUAUCUUUAUUCGUGUUUCAAUUAACAGGUGGUGUCACUGGAGUUAAUGACUGCUAGUGGGGAGAUUAUUCAUUGUAGUCAGCAUGACAACAAAGAGAUAUUUUCAGCUGCUCUCUGUAGUCUUGGUGCACUUGGCAUUAUCCUCAGUUUAACAUGGCAGUGCGAGCCUGCAUUUAGACUGUAUCAGCAGUGUGAAUCCUUCAAACUGGAGGAAGUAUGAACCUGUUCAUUUAUUUUAUACAGUACAUGUAAAGUUCCUUCCACCCAUCCUUAAACUUAAGUCUAUAGCUACCAUCCUGGCCCCAGUUGUUCAAACGCUGGACAGUAUUAUCCACUGGAUAAAUCACUAUGCAGUGGAUAUAAAGUAUAUUUAGGGGAAACCAAUGUAUUGCACUAUUGAGUGGAUAGAACCCAGUUGACAUUCAGGCAGAUAAAUGCUAUUUACGGAAGAGCUCUGCAUUAUUCUUGGUUAUGGCUAAGAAAAUCCAAAUUGAUUUUUCUUUAGGGAAAAGUUGUAUGCCCGAUCAGAUGGGAUUCACUGUUUUAGUUUGACAAACCUGCAGAAAUGUUGUUUGACAAUGUUGGCUUCAUAAAUGUUCCCUACAAAGUAAUGGUAUCUAAGGGGCAUUUGAUUAUCAUGGUUGUCAUUACCGUCUGAUGUUUCCUUAAUCAUUCAUUGGUUCGUUUGUUCCUUCCUUUGGUUUGUCCAGUCUGCAUGUCUGACUACACUGGUAGAAUUUCGUUGGACAUUAACAGCUGCACAAUUUAUUGACUGUUCAAGUCAGCAUUGUCCACAUUCUCAAUUCAUAGCACCUGAUGUAGCUAGCUUUUAUGCCUACCUAACAUUUAAGAACAGAAAAUGCUGUUUUUUUUUUAUGGUGUUUACUUGGGUGGUACUUUUUGUGUGCAUAAUUUAUGGUGUUUUUGAUGAAUUUCUUUUUGUUAUGUUGUGAACUGUAGGUCUUGGAAAAUCUUGAAGCACUUAAAUCCGGUGAUGAAUAUUUCAAGUUUCACUGGUAUCCACAUACAGGAUAUGCUAAAGUCUAUCAUGUCAACAGGACUUCUGAGGUGGGAAUACUAAAUAAUUUUAAAAGUCAUGUAGGAACGGUCAUCUCUCCUUUUAGCAGGAGUAAGGAUAGCACAUUUGGUUAUUAGUGUGCAGCCUUUAGUGUGAGAGGUCCAAAAUUAAAUAGGUUUCUGGGAAACUACCCACCUACCCCAUCCCUAACCCAACAUUUUGCCCUAAGUGAGAAGUAAGUGUUAAUGUUGACUCAGGGGAGGGGUAGGUGGGCAGUUUCCGAGAAACCUAUAAAUUGAUCUUCGCUUACGUUUAGAUGUUUACCUUUAUAAUAUGGAUGAGAAGACUUAUGAUAAAGUACCUCAGUGACCAGUCUCCCUAAAGCAGACAAAAAGUGCCCUCUCCAAUUUACCAGUCAUUGCCAACAAGCAAAGGGUGAGAUCAUUCAAUCCCUUUUUCAUUGGAAACCAAGUGGCCUUGUUUGUUCAAGGAAAUUGACGUUCCCGGAUAUGAUCCUAAGUGACUUUUUUAAUUGACAGGGAGGAUCUUGCAAAUGCGAUGUUGGACCAGAACAUGUGGAAUAAGAUUAAUCAGAGCAUCCUGACCAAAAGGGCGAAAUGAUGGUGAUGAUGAUGAUGAUAAUUAUAGAUGGACGCCUUCCUAGUUAACCAAACACAGCUUUACCUGCAGUUAGAGUAGCCCCUGACAUUGUAUAGCCCAUGAAUACAGCCUCCUCUCUUUGUUCCCCACCACUUAGAACUUUUCCUAGAAAAGAGAUGUCUGAGUCUUGGCCCAUGUGCAGUGCACCGGUAUUACUAUGCAUGAGUAUCGCUCUUCAUUGACUGUACGUCCAUUUUCAAUUGCAGCCUUCAAAGAGCACAUCAAGUUGGUUUUGGGACAAAGUUGUAGGAUAUUGGUCAUUAGAGUUCAUGUACUGGUUAAGGUACAAUGAUAUUAAAUACACUUGUGUUAAUAAAUACAUUGUGCUCUCAACUUUGUCUCAUCAAUUAACAGACAUGCACCUCCAUGAGACAGACACCCAGAGUAGGCACCUCUCUACAGAGUUGAUGGACUCUAUUGUUAUUGUUUUUAUUAUUCUAUCACUGGCAGGAGAAAAUAUAAACUCUCUGCUUCAUGGUUUGUUUCACAGUAUUAUAUGGGACAUCAUUAAUUUUAUUUUUUUUACUAACUUGACAAAAUAAUUAUGCCCUAGAAUGUUUGUUAACUCUUUUUACUUGACAUUCCAAGAUUGCCUUUCAGUCAGAAUUGUUCACUGUCUUAGGUUAACAUGCAGACAGGGUUUAACGGAGCCAAAGCCCAUUAAGGAAUUGUACACAUAGGCAUCCUACGGAUGAACAGUUACGACAUAUAGAUAUUUCAAGCAACAACAAUUUGCUGUGUGCAUGUUCCCUUUGAAUGAAUAUACCAAACAAACAUGUAGAGUACUUUAAUUUUCUUUCUCUUUCCUUUUUAACAGUUCUUUUGUACCACGACUUGUGCCAUUCAUCAACUGGGGUUACUUUCAACUGUUACACAGCCAACCUGCCAUUAAAGUUGAUCAGAGUUACAAGGUAAGGAAAAUAAUACUUUAUAUGGACACUAAUUCUGUUAGUUUCAUUGUAAGCAGGAUGGAAGAAAUGAUAUUUUGAAUGCCCUAACAGGGUUAAGGGAGAAAAAAAAGCAUGAAUUCAAGUUUGUCCUUUGGGCAAGCUGCUCUCACAUGUUUCCUGCCCAGGGCCACUCCUUGCUCUUCAUUAUAGUUGAUGAUUUUCGUAGAGAAUGAGUUGCUUGGACCUUUGUCCAAGAAGAAGAAUCUACAAGUACUUGACCUGGACUACCAAAUGGGACUUUUUUCAAGCCCUACCUUGUACUUCAAAAAAAAAAAAAUGAAAGAUGUUAUAUUUAAACUGGCAUACCUUCAGUUCCUAGUACAUGUACUUAAUAUAGUUAUUAAUUAAUGUUCACGUUAAUUUUGUUGUUAUCAGAACAUUUUAGCUUUUAUUGUUGUCACAAAAAAUAAUAUUAUUGUGUUUGUUAUGUGGUACUUUACACACACUAUUAAAAACCAGUUACGUUUAUCCUUCCACUUGUUAGAUCUUCAACUUUGACUGUCUGUUUAAGCAGUAUGUGACUGAGUGGGCCAUUCCACAGUAAGUUAUGUUAUUCUGGUACACAAGGGAAUGAAAACAAGAGAUGUUCAGGGUCUUAUGCUAGUGCAAAACAGUAUUAGGAUAAUCGCAGUACCAUCUUUUAUCUGUGGCCUGUUUAAUAGGUAUAACAGCUAGAGUCUUGGACAAAACUGUUGAGAAAAUUGCUUACUUGGGGGGGGGGGGCACAUUGUUUCUAAACUUCGUAGUCGACCGAUUAAUCUUCCCUCCCCGCCUCACCCUGGAAGCAGUGUUGUUGGGUCUUCAAAAGAAAGCUGGAUCCCUAAGCAUUUGUAGGAAGCAACUUUGAACUGGGAGAGGGGGUCUUCUUUACAAAAAGCCGUUGAUUUGGAAAUAGUUUUGUUGCAUUAUGUAGGGCGCAUUAAUGAAAACAUUUUCUCAAGUAGUUUUGUCCAGGAUUGUAGCAUAUUUGAUGAACUGCCAUUACCGGUUGUUCACUCAUUUAAAACCAAACUUCAGAGUGGCCAGAAGCUGGGGUUCAGCUCCUAUGCUGGAUUUGUUUACAACCGCAAAUGGAUUGACCUUCUCAAUAGUCUUCUUGCACAAGGACAGAAAACUGGGGUAGGCCUUACAAUACUUUCACUCUCUGUGGGACAUAAAAUAACCACUAGGUGCAUGAGCAAAUCUCUGGCAGUGAUCUGCACUUCUAGUAUACUUUCUUGGCUUGGCAAAGUUCAGGAAGUGAUGUUAAUAUAGGGAAAACCUCAUUUUGCUUCUUCAGGAUCCACAAUGGCUAUGUGUGAACAGAAUUCAUAUGAUUAUGAGUAUGAGUUGGGCAAGAGUAUGAGUAUUCUUCUAUAGAUCAUGCUUGAAAUCUACUUUUGAAUCCUGGCUUUGUUGCCAUGGUUCCCCCAUUCUAUUUCAUUUUCUUAACGUUAAUAAUAAAUUAGUAAUGGUAACAGGACUGAGUGGAGUCCAAUUCGGUCUGUAAUCAUACCAGUGAUUAACAAAAUCGGACAACCGCACAGCGGGAGUCCAAUUUGUUUAAUCACGAGUAUGAUUACAGACCGAAUUGGAUGACACGAAGUUCUGUUACCAAUUAAUCAUAACUUUAACAAAAUUGUGAUAUAAUAGGCUAUUUUUUAAAUCAAAACACAAGGAAUUCGAAAUUUUGUUUUGCUAGCAGUGAAAAAAAAGCCAUUUAAGCAUGCACAUGAUGGCACGUACUGUCCAAUUACUUAGGCAUGACACGUACUGUCCUAUUAAACUGUCCUAUUAAGGCUGAAAUCAGGGCAGUUGAAAACCAAUCAGAUUUGACAAUUUUGUUAUUGUUAUGAUUAUUAAGUUAAUUGUCUUUGUUCUUUCUAUAGGGAGAAGACUGCUUAUGUGCUCAGAAAGCUUCAAAAAUGGGUAAAUGAGAAUGGAUUUAAUGCACAUUUUCCUGGUAAGGCAAAUACAUUACUCAGCUUGUUCUGUUAAUUUAAAGUGAAGUCACUGAUUAUCAAAUUGUUCUUGGGGGCUCAGGCUAUCCUGCACAAAAGGAAAAAAUGAAUCAAUCACUCCUUUCUGCUCCAAAGAACAUGAAUGUUUUUAAUCGAUACUUUCCACCUUUUUUGUCAUAGAUGUGUUGUUAUGUCUUAAGUUCAUUAAUGCAAAGCUGAAAUAGCUCUAUAUAAGGGAAUCCAAUAUGGUCUUGAAUCUGGACUCCAUACCAUAGAUUCGGAUUCCACAUACUGGAUUCCAGUCUUUGUCAGUGGAACUCGGAUUCUGGAUUCCAGUCGUUUAGUGAGAUUCCGGAUUUCUUAAGCUGUAUUCCAGGAUUCCAAAGCCCACGAUUCCGGAUUCAACGAGCAAAAUUUCUCCCGAUUCUGGAUUUAACAAGCAAACCUUUCCCACAUCCUGGAAUCCGGAUUUCCUUACACGGGGGGACUGAAAAUUGAAAACUUCAAACUUGUUGCUUAACAUGUGCUGAAAUCACACUUCAGUGCGUUUCUCAUACGCAAGAUGCUUCUUUAAUACCGAUCCCCAAGGAGAUGAAGUUAAAUAUUGUUUGUAAAGAAUGAAUACGAUACACAAUAAGUUAGCUCCAUGUGUCAGUAUUAUUAUUAUUAUUAUUAUUAUUAUUAUUAUUAUUAGUAAAGAUACGAGUGGAAUUUGGAAAACGCCGGCUUUUUAUAGGUAGAGACUGUUUCCACAUACAUGUAAUUCAUGUUUCGGUUAUUCAUAGUUGCGGCCAUAGAAACUGUUACCACCUUUAAAAGCUUUAGGGGAGCUGACUAAUUAUCAGUUUCUCUACCGUAGUCAUUUUGUUUUAAAUAAAGCUUGCCUUUUUUUUUCAUUCUUCUUGAAUCCUUCACGUAAGCAAAUUUUUCUUGAGUUUCUGAAAUUGUUUUCAAGAGCUAGACGACUUGUAGAAUUUCGUGACUGCAACAAAUAAAGUACAGUAUUGUCUUUUGUAUUUUGUAAGUGUUACUAUGCAUAGAUGAAACUCUUGCUAGUGAUGAUCAAUAUGAACCGAUCUCAUGGUAUUCUUUUAACGUAAUAGUUCAGGGGCAACUAUUUUGAUCUUGAGUGAAAAGAUAACGAGGAGCAUUCGUUUUGGCGAAUCUUUAUUUGUUUACAGUCUUUGCCUCAUUAUCAUCUUUUUUUUUAUUUUACUCGUGGUUAUUUCUUUCGUCGUCUGGAUCUUCGUGUAAGAAAAGUAGCUCCUGAAAACAAUUAUUAGCCUUGUGUCCAAACGAUUUGACUUAACUAUUGUAUCUGGAAAAAUAAUUCUGAAGAAAAAAAGCCAGAUUCAAACCGUUGUAGUUAAUCUACGCCAUCUCCAGACUAGUACUAUAACACAUUUUUUUUGUCUUUUCUUAUUUUAGUCGAAGUAAGGUUUGUGAAAAAAGAUGAUAUUUACAUGAGCCCAUGUUAUGGGCAGGACGUGUGCUUCAUCAACAUUAUAUCGUUCAGGUAUAGUGAAAAUGCAGAGAUAACUUUACUUUUUUAACUUUGUAAAAGUUGCUAAUUUUAAGGGGCUGCAUGUGUUAAUGAAGUAUAGUCCAUUGUGUCAAAUUCCUAAUUAUUUCAGUGGUAUAAAUUAAGCGGAUCGCUUUAGCCUUAUAAUCUAAUAUUACAAAGAAUAAAGAUGAAGGUCUAAUAACUUGUCAGGCUUAACAGUAAACCCAUUUGCGACCUGUUGUAAUUUCCUUUCGUUUUGUGUCUCCAGUCAUUGUGUAUUUAUGCUUAAUAUGAUACAUAAGCUAUGUUAUUUAGAUUUGCCGUCACUGUUUUUUAAAAGCGGUGGUUGGUGGCGAGCCUAUAAUCCACUUUUUACUGUUCUUCGCUUCUACAGGCCUUAUGACAAAUUUAUUCCUCAUGAAAGUUACUGGAGGUACUAUGAAGAGCUUAUGAUGUCAGUGGGCGGCAGACCGCACUGGGCUAAGGUAAGGCAGCACAAUUGCCAAAGUUUGUACAAAAGAAAUGAAUUGCUCCAUUCUGCGAUUGGCUUAAAGUUCUCGUACCACGUUUUCGGCUGAACCAAUUGGAACUCUUUCCCACACGUUUUCCCGCGCUUCGCGGCUGCUGCGUAUCUCUGCUUUGAGUUUUGAUUGGUUUAUUUGAUUGCCUACGUCUGUUCUGGUUGGCCAGUUGCUGCAUUCGGUGCCACCUUCUCACCCAAUCAGAAGAUAAGUCAGCUUUGAUCUAAAGAUGUGUCGAAAGUUUUCUCUGAACACGUGGUAAUACAUUUUUCGAUGCGAUAACGAGUUCAACAAAUCUUAUUAUUUUUCAUCAAAAAUAUUUGGCCGUUUCUGAGCUUUUGUGAUUGGCUCCAAUCCCCCGGAAGAUGUGAGCAACAAUCGAUUCGAUGGUACAUUUGAUUGGAAACGAAGCUGCUUGGGCAAAAGUGAGCUAAAAAAAUGGCGUUCACGGCUAUUCGAAGACGAAGUAGCUGAACUUCUGACUUAAACUGAAUGGAAGAAAUGCAAGAAUGCGCAAAACAUAUUGCUCGAUGGAUUUUAUCUACUUUUUGAGGAGUAUCUGCGAGAUACAACAUCUGUUUGUAUCCUGAAACCGUGCCGAGAAAUAGGCCAAAGCUUUGAAGAAGGUCUACGAGGAGGUAAGCGUGUUAAGAACUGAGAAAUAUUUUGAAUGAACAAUAAAACUAUUGAAUUCGGCUGUCGUACGAUGUGAAGGAUUAUGCAGAUCUCGGUGGAUAACAUCCUCCUCGAUCUGCAUAAUUCUACAUCCUACUCAGCCUCAUUCAAUAAUUGUUAAUCAUUGUUAAUUUGUUUCUGCCCUGUUUUCUUGAUGAAGGGCCAACCACUCAUGUUGUUAUCGGUUUACGUAAAUUAACAACCGUGCUGUUUUUUUUUUCUUUAUUAGGCCCACGAAUUGACCGCUGUCGAGAUUGAAAGAAUGUUCCCUAAAUUUAACGAGUUUCGUCAAAUCUGCGAAAAGUUAGACCCGCACGGCACCUUCCGCAAUGGAUAUGUGGAUAAAGUGAUUUUUGCUCCGCCCUCACAACCCGCUCAACAUAAUAAACCAAGCUCAAUCGGCUCUGAAGAACAACGUGAUCGCCACUACGAUUCUCACCCAGUGGGACCGGGUCUGUAAGAAUCCGAAAAAAGCCGAAACCUUAACAGGAGACAGCUCAAGCAAAAGCCAAUACAGUUAACGUGUAUAAAGUUGACACUCCCAAGACUGUCGCUCAGUGGUAUCCGCCAGUAAAUUAUGAAGUCUUUAGCUUGCAGAGCAGACGUUGUUUUAUCGCAUUUUUUAGGCAAGCGUAGGCAAGCGCGAAAAGCCGAGGGCGUAAGACACGCGCGACGCAGGAAGGAGAUUCACACCCGCUUUGCGCUUCCCUCGCCCUAAAAACGCGAAAAAAUAGCGCUUUUCUGCCGGCUAUGGAGUCUUCGAAGGUGGUUAUAAUUUUUGAGUAUGGAGGAGAUCUUAUGUCGUGGCCAUAUAUAUGUAACCACUUUACAAAUGCUUUCUUAUGGUGCUACUUGUUUUUCAGCAUUUAACGAAAUGAAUUUUGGAAAUGUUGUUGUAUUUUGUCUUCUGGUCAACUUGGGAAUCCGCUAAACACAAGUUCCAUUCAUAUAGUUAGGAAGUAAUAGAUAAUGCAUGUCAACUGUUUAAUGCCGUCGGCAUGGAGUGGAUUAGCCUUUAGGGGGUCUUGCAGACGUUCUACUAUAAACAAUAAUGCUAUGAUUUUAUACCUUAGCUGUGCAUGGCUUUUGAAUAACUGCUCAUUUAAUGUGGUUUAGUUGCAAUAUGUGCCCCACAUACAGUUCAACUUAGGUCACAGACUUUCGCGUCACUCUAGGGACGGGGUAGGGAACUGUUGUUUUGGCUUCUGAUCCAGUGGUCCUAGGGUGCUUAGCAAAAGUCAGAACUGGUCGGUCGAACAGGUCAUUUUAAAAAGAGAUAUUGAUCUUUUCUGGAAAUUUUCGCUAGAAUCUAUCACUGCCGUACAUACCAUGUAUGUAGGUAUAGACUUAUCUGUCUCACAAGUCCUUAGUAAUACUGGAAUUCUCUUAGCGACUAGCCGGUUCCAGGCUCUCGGUCAGUGUGGACGAGCGAGCGGUAAAAAAGACCUCUCCCUCUCUCCCCAGUUUUCUGGCGGCUUUUUGCACAUUUUUCUCGAUCCGUUUCCCCCACCAUUUUGGAGCCUGGAACAGGCUCCUUUACGACUGACUGGACUGACCCUGACCGGCCAGUUCUGACAAAUGGUAAACGUUGUUGUUAAAAAGCCAUAAUCUUUUUCCUGCAAUAUUACCAUCCUACGCCCACAGGGUUACGAGUGCCUGGGCAUAUUAGAACAAUGCAAAUAGUAAAUUGUUGAAUAAAACGUAGAUACUUUAAAUAGGUACUGACAAAACAACAACAAUUUGGGCUGUUGUUAAUGUGGUAGAGGCAAAUGGUUGUUUUGGGAGACACCAAAAAAUUCCGAUAUUUUGUGAACCUAGUUUGAAAAUUGUUUUCUCAUUUAACUAAUAUGUUUGUUUUGUUUUGUAAUUUGUUGAUUACUGGCCACUGAAGAAUUAUGUCACAAGCUGCCCAAAAGUCUUUCGCAUGCCAUGAGGCUUAAAUCUUCCGUGCGAAAUUCAGGAGAAAGUUUGCCGUCCACGCAGUAGUCCCCUAGCUAUGCAGCCGUUCUUUGUGUAGUCACGCAACACUCGGAGGAGCGCUGUGUGACGACGAAAAAACAAAUUAAAGUGCCCGCGAGCAGGAAUAAUUUGAAUGACGAAUGGCGUUUCUAGUGCCAGCAUACGUUGUGUUCUUCUUAUCAGUUGGCCAAUUUUGUGUCCAUAGUUUUCAGCCAAAGAAUGUUUAACGAGGCAUAAUUAAGGUAAAAAAUCAUGUUCUUUUCCCUGGUAUUAAGUAAUACUUAUUUGCAAUAUUUAUCUUACAGGUAAUAUUGACUUAUCUUGGUGCUUGCUUGUACUGAUCAGGAGCAUAUAACCCUUUUGAGGGUUAUGUGCUUCUGUCCUGAUGUAUGGAAUCUUUAAAUUUAGAACUAUUUAUGGCAGGCACAGUUAAAAUAUCACAUCAAAUAUUGAAAACAUUGCCGAGUUACAUUCCAGAAAUAGUCAAAUUUUGUUAAACUUAAAUAAGUUGUCAACUUGAAGAAUCCCUACAAUAAAAUCUUUUAUUGCUGUCUCAUGUUUUUCUUGAUUUUUCCUAGUUUCUUUUCUGAUCCUGAGGCAACCUUGUUCCCAGGGCUUUCGCGAGCUGAUUGGGAUAAGACCAAAAAAAAGAUGUGGGAGGUUUCAGUCGUUUUAACGAUGGACUUCCACUGCUGGAUAGCCUUUGCGCGCAAGGGCGUUACCUUACAGUUGCUUCAAAUGAAGUAUUGGCGAUUUAUGAGAGGUCGCGUUGAGCGCGGCUUGUCUUUACGUCGGCCUCCAGCACGCACGCAAAGCCAGAUAAAGAUUGCAGUGGUACUACACACGUAAAAAUUGCGCGACGGUGGGAAUGCGUUUAUUUAGGUUGAAAACAACACAGAGGUACAUCUGACUACUAAAGUGUUGUGACAACACAAGAAAACUGUUAAGAGAAAUAAGCGUUAAUAUUUCGGUUAAAUUCUAAACCAUUUUCAAAACUAGGAAGACGUUUUACAAACUUCCUGAGCUAACUGUACAAUCAUUAUUCAAUGGUACCGUUUUAUUCGCUCUCGGGUUGUAAUUUAGCUCGGCAGGUUUGCGAAAAAUUUUCAUACUUUAAGAAUGGUAUAAAACAAUCACUCGGGAUUUCUUGUGUUCCUUGAAUAUUUCAAAACGAGCAAGAUAUUCUUCAGGGUUGUUUCAUCCUGCAUGUUUCUCAUCUUAUUGACGGGAAUUGUUUAUGCACUCAUAGCUUCCGCAAACUCUUAAAUGGUCUUAAAGUGGAUACGUACUUACCUUAAAUAAAUCAGGCUCUAUUUUCGUUUCUCGUGGCAAACCACAUAAGAGAGGUAGUGUGAGGGUUGCUAAAAUUGGGCCAGAUCUUAUGUAAGUAUGUUUGUGCGGCGGAUAAAUAUAGUGAGUUCGCGUUUAGGUUGUACGCAUACAAACGUUCAGGAACUGAAGCGGAUUCGUUUGUUCUUCGACCCGAGCUCCUAAGAACACAAAGUUGAGGUAAUUCAGUUUAUUUUUUCUAUAGAGGGUAUUUUAAUCCUCUCGUUUUGUGCGACUCGAAUACGUGUCUUGCUGUUUUCUAUCGUGAAAUCUGUGGUAGAAUUUUUACGAAGCUUCCUUAUAAAGACACUGAAAAACAUAUGACUGCCACAUAUGGUCGCUUAUCUCAUUCGAGGCAUGUUGCGCCCCUAAGAAAUGACGUAUUAUUGGUUACCCAACCUUUCUUUUUUGAAUGACGUCAUGGGACGUGCUUCGUUGCAUAUCCUCACAAUUUCGAGUUACUUCUUUUGGGGUUAAGUAAGGACUGUGAACAAAAGAAGAAAAAUCCCCUGCAGAUAAUUCCUUAGUGUGAUAGAAACUCGUCCGCGUGUAAAGCAUAUUUGUUCACGCUAUGUUUUUAUUAAAGCACCCCAUGAUGAUAAAUUGGGUAGAUAAGAUUCAAAAGAACGACAAGAAUACUGCAUCCAAAAUAGGUUUUCCGAAAUAUUACGGGAAAGGUUCUAUGUCCUUGUGGCAAAUAUUUAGUUUACCGAGGCAAUACUGAGUGUUUUGAUGUUACAAAGGAGUUGAAAUAUAAUUAGAAUAUUUAUAUCAAUUGUUGAAAUAACUUAAAUGUCACUGGAGCUAUGAAUAUUUAUGAUGUCAUAGUUUGCAUCGACUACCGGACCUCGUGAGGCUUGUUUACUUGUCCGCUCAUGCAGUAAUUUGAGUCUUUGAGGAGGAGGAAACAGUUUUUGUGAUCAAAAUGAAGGCUGAAAGCGACUCAGGUACGUUUUGUUUUAAAGUUUUCAGAAAUCGGGUUGGAUAUUAUGUUAACGCGAAUGCUCUCGUUCAAUAUCGCCGCGUUUUGCUGCGUUCGUGUCCCGUUUCAAUGGCGGUCGUUCUUCUUACCUGUUCGUCGAAUUCUUAAUUUUUAAACAAUUUUUUACAUGAAAUAGGACUGACAGCCACCACGUUAAUUGAAUUUGAAAAUAGUUUUUUAAGGCGGGAACAUCAAGUACGUUUUUAUUUGACAGAAUUUGUUAUUUUUUCGAUAACUUUUGUUGUUUUCUCUCACAUAACUGUUUCUCCCGAAAUCUAAACAGCGAUGUCAACAAGGCGUGAUAAUGUGUUUAUAAAGCAGAGUAAAUGUUAGGAAAAAGGGAGAUUUAUUGUAAAUUUUGCUUUGUGUUUCUGUGCGCCUGAACAAAAUGCCGAAAGAAAAGCGUAUGUUGCUUGUUUGUGGGCAUAUCAUUGAACGCGAUUUGAUCGAGACAUGUAAAAUGAUCACUGUUUAAACUUUCAGCCGUUUAGGCUUCCGCCGCCGCCGUCGCUUUGAAUUUUUUAUAGUUUUAUUGAUAAUUUCAUUAUGAACUGUUGAAAGAAAUAUUGAGGUCUUAGAAAAGAGCGUGCAAAGAGCUAGUAUCUUGAGCAAUCGGUCUUCGUGAAAUCGAACAAAUAAGUUGGAGGACGACAAAUGGGGGGAUUAGUGUAAACUGCGUGCUCAUUGUACGUACUUUGUCGAGGCCCCUGUUGCGAAAUUAGAGAGGCUUAAUGCGAAAGAAUUAAUUAACGCUCGCCUAAGUAUCUUGGCUUCAUUUCAAACGUUGUGCUACGGCCCUUCCAAACUCAUUUGACCGAAGUAAACUCGAUUUUAGCGCACAUUAGCACAUCUAGGUAAUAGUGAGCCUGACCGGGGCAGGAGAAGGGGGGGGGGAUUAAAUUUUCCUAGAACUUAGCUCAGCUUGGCCCAGAAGAACAGCAAAGAAAUCCAGAUGUUCUCAUACAUUUUUUAGAAAAUUUUCUCCAUACCAUGAACUCAGUCAAUAGAGAAAAAAUUACUCUGAGCAGCCAGGAUAUAUAUAUUUUCCAUUAAUAUAAGGCAUACUGCGACUAGAUCCAUUGAGAUACAUAUUGGAUACAUCUCCCUUGCAAAACCCUACAAAACCCUGCAGGGCCAAGAGGCCUAACUUAGAAAAUUUUUGUUCAAUGGGCCCACUUGACAAUAUAAUUAUUGAGAGGGAAACAACUCUAUAUUUAAAUUUGUGGUUAAUGAUGUGGGAAAUUUUCUUUUGGAAUACUCCCAAGAGGAAAAAGCUCAACUGAUAUAACUAAUGUAAAGUUGAGGUUUUAGGAUGGAGAAAGGUUUAUGCAGCAUUUCACCUUGACUGUAUGUUGUUAAACAUGGCGCAAGGUUUAUAUAGUUUCACAUUGUCCGAUGACUGACGUAAUUGUCGGCAUCUCAGAGGUAAGUAUUAAAUUCCACUUAAGUGACAUAAAAGAAUCUUAUGACAUCUAUGCCCAAUUAAGCUGACUCAUCAAAUUCUCUUUGUAGAUGUUAUGGAUUCCAGUACGCUUAAACGAACUAUAUUGUAUGAGCCUCAGCCUUAUGUGCCAUCCAACCCAAUUCAUGAAAACGAUAUUGAGAGACUGCUUUCAGUAGAGAGUGAGAGCGUAGAAGGAGCGUGGUCUCGAGUUAAGAAAACCAAGGAUGCAGAGGUCUGGAGGAGAGAUUCAAAUGAAGAUGGUCAUCCACCGAUAACAAAGGUGAUUAUAUAGUCAAUAACUGAUGUGAAUUAAAUUUCCAUGCAGUAGCUAACCCUUGAAGAAGAAUUUUUUUGUCAUAAUAAAAUUUCUUAAUGUUCAGGAAAGGGUUUAGCCUGCAAAUUUAUGCAGACUUUCCGGUCAUUGCUUCUCAUAAAUAUGACCGGAAAUACAUCUGCAUUUGCAGGCUAGAAUUAGGUUUCAGGAAGACGGGAAAUUUUGUUCUUUUUCCUUACAAAUUUACAUUUUUCUUUGUAAGAACCUUUUGUUUGAUGUCAUGAAUUUCCUUUUUCUGCUCUGUGUUUUCUGAAAAUUGUUUUUUUCUUUCAAAAAAUAAUUAGCCAUUGAGAUUACUUGUAUUUUCAACAACUUUUAUUUUAAAGAGUUCAACAUUUUACUGUGUACACACUGUAUUAAGAUAAUACAUUUGAACGAGAAUCCUCUUAAUAAGCCAUAUCCUAACCUUUAAUUUGUCAGAGACCAAAAAUUUACUCUGAACUUUGAGAACUUGCUCUUAGUUCAUUCCUCACAGUCACUGAUUUGUUAAUAUUUGUUAAUAUUUCUAUAAUAUUAUUUUUCUAUCAAUAUUUCUAUUUUUAAUAUCAAAGGCUGUACUUCGACUAGAGGAUGUCCCUUUCCAGAAAGGUAAGUGAUUUAAUAAAUUAAUACUUGAUGGUAAUGAACAGGAACCAUUAAAAAGUAUGAAAUCAGUGUAAACCAGACUAUGUUGGGAUUAUACUUUAGAUCAUAAUUCCCACCAUGACCAGUAAUUUACAUUGUAGCCCACAAAAAAGGAUAGAUUUACAAGUAAUGCAAAUAAACAUAACAAUUAAGUAAGUAACCCAACUGUGAAUAGCAUUAAACCAGUUGGCACCUCAUUCAUAAUCAUGCAUAAUUUGAACAAAUUUAAAUAAUUUUAGUUUAUGUCAUGGCAUUAGCUGAACCUGGGACUUCUAGAUUACAAAUCGACCAUAAUGCUAUAACUGCUUGAAUGGCCAAUAUUUUACGUACUCAUUUUCCAUGUUUAUAAAGUGCUUAUACUUACGUUGCUUUUUUUUUUUAUCUUAGCGGUCAAACUUAUGACAGACUGGAAGCUACGUCAGGAAUGGGACAAAACUGCCACUGUUGUUGAUGUCUUGGACAGAAUAGGGAACUUUAAAGUUGUGUACAAGUAAGAAGUUUUUAAUGUCUUGUUCCAGGUUUUCCUUUAAUAUAUAUAUGGUAGUACAUUUAUUUUUUUUAAUCAUCUUUGUAUUUAUGCUCAUGAAACCAUGGUUACUAUUGUGUACUUUAAAUUUAUAUAGGUCAUUUUCAGCUUUAGAACUCAAUACAUGUACUUGAGUAGCCAGAUGUCUGAAAAAUCGCAUGUUAUUUUUUUUGCUUUUAACUAAUGUUUCAUAUAAAACUAAUAAUAAAUAAGAGGUACCGAAGUAUUGCACGACUUUUCAUUUUUUCUCUUUCUAAAUUUUUUGCAUUUCCUCUCUUGAGGAUAGGUGCAGAGAUUUUAAUAGCUAGCCAAUUACACAAAAUUAUCUGUUUGCAUUUAUCUUGUGUGUUAAUUGUUUUUUUCUUUCAACAGCCGUCUGAAGAUGCCACUGUUUUGCACCAACAGAGACGUUGUCUUGGCUUCCUUAGAGCGUUAUGACUCAGACCAGCGGUGUUACAUCUUGGCGCUUCGCAGCACAGAACAUCCUUUGAUGCAGCAGUCUCACAAUUCAUCCAAAAUUGUUAGGUACAUAAUACACUAGAAAUAAAUUUUUAAGUGGUCCAUGCUAGAUCACCGGUUUUCAAAGUCGCAUUUUGGCAAACUGAAAUUGUAGAAUGCUCACUCACCAGAUAUAAAAUCUUGGUGGCCAGAACAAAAAAAGGAUACUUUAUGCAACACAACAUGGACGACUUUCGACUAUUACAAUUGCAUUUGGUGGUCCAUGCAACAUCUCAAAGUUCUUUUUAUCUAGACAGCUAGGAUAAAAGGGACGAGUAACAUGAUAGCAAAUAUUUAUCUCUCAUUUACCUUUUAUAGAAAGACCAUAAAUACAACUAAUAAAAGCACAGUGACUACGGUUUGGCAGAAUUGACUGCCAAAUACAGACCAACUUUCCCUGCAGAACAGAAGCUUCCAAAUGUUUUUGUACUCGGUAUGGCAACCAAAGUGUGUGUAACUUGGACUUGCUUAAUGGGUGGGGGUGGCUGCAGCAGAAUGUUUGGUGUGCAAGAAAUUAAAUUCUCCUUUCAAGACAUUUUUAAUUAAUUAAUAUUUAGAUAUAAUUAAUAGUUAGUAGUCUAUAAUAUACUCUACCUACCUUAAUUUAUUAUUGGUACUUGCAUACAUGUAAGAGAAACUGGAGACCUAUCAAUCAACAUAAGCAUGAAUGUUUUAAUUAAUGAACUCUGGAAGGACAGGGUGUAGCAGCUUCCACCAACUUGCGUAAUAAUCUGUAUAUUAAGGAUGAUUGCAUCAGACGAGAAAAUUUCACCACCAAACCUUGUUUGUCAACUGACUUCAACUCUUUGUAGUUGCAGUUUUUGUGCGCAAGUAUUCUUUUCAACUCUACUGCCCGGGGGAUUUAUUUACAAUGGGUUAACAGUUGCUAAUUGUUUAAUUCCAAAACAUGGUUGGUGGUGAAAUUUGCUUGUGUAGGGUGCAAAGAAAGUUAUUUUUACAGCUUGCCAUUCGGGCCAGCUGGGGCUAACCCCAAAAACUUUUUGAUGAGCAGAAUUGAUUUCACAGUUCUUCUGUAAUUUGAAUUUCUCAGAAAAGUUCACUUGCCCGUCGGACAAGUUAAGAAGAGAAUUUACUAACUCGAUAGCAAAAUCCACUGGCCCCGGGCUAUCGGACACUACUUUCUUUGCACGCUGUUGUGUGACAUUAACAUGCAUAUGAGGGCUAUUUAUUCAACCUUAAUAAUGCAGUUUCUUCUUUCCAUUCAAAGAGCUGAGACCAUCCUAUCAGGCACUAUUAUACGGCCAGUAGAUGAUGGCUCUGAGUCCUCUACAGUCACCAUUGUCACUCAGAUGAAGCUGAAAGGUUCUGCUCCACAGUUUGUGAAAAACAGCUACAUAGCUGACAACCCUGUGAAACGGAUGCACAUGCUGAGGAAGUUCUACAUCAAACACAAAGAUGACAAGCAAAGAAAUUUGAGCUUAAGUGAUAGUUCAACUGAUAUCAAAAUGAGUCCAUUUAACAGUCCUAAAAGACCAAAGUCGUCUACCUCCACAGCAGGAAGUAUAGAUAAGGCAAUGUAUUAG